CAACUUGUUUUUCUUCUUGAUGUUUGCUGUGAUAUCAUCUCCCAUGCCUCUCCAAGGCCAUGGGACUGAUCCCCAGAUCACUGUCAUGGGCAUGGUUUACUGUGAUAUCUGCUCCAACAAUUCCUUCUCCACACACAGCUACUUCAUGCCAGGUGUGGAAGUGAAAAUAGACUGCACCUUCAAAGCAAGGUCACCAAAGACAGCAGAGCAGAUAGAGUUUUCAGUGAACAGAACAACAAACAGGUUUGGGAUUUACAGGCUGGAGAUACCUUCAGUGGAUGGAAUUGAGUGUGCCAGGGAGAAAGAAAUGGGAAACUUCUGCAGGGCCAGCCUCCUAACGCAGCCGCAGCCAAAGAGCCAAGCCUCCGCCUCAGCCUGCACUCUUCCUGCCUCAACUACCACGACGGAGGAAGUCACAGUCAAAUCCAUCACUGCUAAUACCUGCAUCUACAGCCUCAGUGCUUUGACUUUCAGACCCUCCACCAGAAAUGAUGCUCUCUGUGGUUCCACUAAUCAUUAAGCAUUAGUCAAUACAAACCCCCACCCCCUCAAAAAGUCAUAUGUAUGCCUUAGUAUGUCUGGUUUAUCAUGUAAGCUUGAAGAAGAAGAGAAUAUUCUCAUCUGUGUGUGCAUCCUAGCUACCUGCAAACACACAUUUUCAUACAUAUUUGUAGUAAUACACAAUGCAUUAUUGCCAUGUGCUCAUAGCUUGGGUGUUAAGUGUGUA